UUUACGAUAUAAUUAAUGUGUAAUUGGUGUUUAUUUAGAUAUAAGGUUUAAAAAUGUUGGAGCAGCGGUACUCAGAUAAUGAAGUAUCUAGAAGAGACAUUCCUUCGUUUAUCGAGCCUAGGCCUCCGUUGAUACAGAAUCCAUUUAUGCGCCCGAGGCCGCAGAAGGGAACGAAUUUACUAGAGUUAUUUGAAGAGGAUUCAGAGAUUGAAGAGCAGGAGUUAGUGCAGGUGUAUUUAAGAUUGAAACCGUGUAAAGUUCCAAAUACUUUGUACGAUGUUCGUUCAGAUAAAUGUCUGGUUACUUCGCUGGACACUGCUACCGCAGGGCACGGGCGACGCACUCAACACAAUGUUUCGAAAAUGUACACAUUCUCCAAAAUCUUCGGCGCCGAAUGUAAUCAGAGAGAAAUAUUUGAAGCUGUUGUGAAAGAAAAUCUACGAAAAUUACCAGAAGGACAGAAUUUCACUCUCCUUACUUAUGGCGCAUCGGGGUCUGGGAAAACAUACACAUUGAUGGGCACUGUAGGAGCCCCUGGCCUGGUGCCUCGCUCCCUGGAGUAUGUGUUCCGACUGGUAGAUGCUGCACAGCAACCUGCCUUCAGACCAGCUGAGAGUGGCGCUGAGAAGUUAGAUCAUCAUGAACAGGAUUAUGAAUUACAGUGGGUGAAGCGACUCCGCCACGUAUCAGCGCCGCUUCGCGACAAGUAUCGGCGUAUGAGUGUGCAGCUGCACAGUGACCUCACUGCCAGUUCUAUAGACCUCUCCAAUAGAAUCAGACACUAUGUUUGGGUAUCAUUUGUGGAAAUCUAUAAUGAGGCAGUAUAUGACUUAUUGGCACCUCCAGAGAAGAGGACUAAAUUAAGGAUAAGAGAGGACACUACUGGAAAUGUUUAUGUCAAGGGUGCCACCCAAGCAUUCGUCAGGUCUGGAGAGGAAGCAUACGACGUGAUGGUAGCAGGCAAGCACAACCUGGUGGUGGCCGCCACCGGAGUACACGCGCACUCCUCGCGCUCACACUGUAUUUUUACCAUCACAAUGCUCACUGAGACAUCGGAAGGAGUGCGUACAUCGUACGUGCGUCUGUGCGACCUGGCGGGGUGCGAGCGAGCGCGCGCGACGCGCAACACGGGCGCGCGCAUGUUGGAGUCGCGCGCCAUCAACUCGUCGCUGCACGUCCUCGAGCGCUGUCUGCACAUGCUGCGCCGCAAGCAGAGGACCCGACACGACGCCAUGGUGCCCUACAGAGAAUCCAAGCUGACCCGUCUACUCGGCACGGGGCUAUCUGGUGCGCGAGGAGAAGCAGUCAGUAUGGUGGUCACUCUCAAUCCCUCGCCUGAAUACGCGCACGAAACAAAACAUGUCCUCAGUUUGGCAGCUGUAGCUCAAGAUAUACAGGUAAACAACACAAUGUUGACAACAACCCUGGAAAGCAGUACAGUGGACACCACAAUAGGAUCCAGUGCUGAAGUCAUGAAAUUACGAGCAGACAAUGAGAGACUACAUUUUGAACUUGUGCAAGCUCAAGCCCGCAACAAAGAGCUAUUGGCAGCAAUGGAGGAGAAACAGCAGGAGUCAGCUAACACCAUGAGGGAGCUGGUGGAGGAAGCCAAGGAUAUGACCAAGCAGUACUAUGAAGCACAGCUUGAAGCUUUACGGUGUGAGAUGGAGGACAUGAUAGAAGAAUACGAAAGCAGACUAGCUAAGGUGCCGGCACCGCCCAAAAACGACGCUGGAACUCCGUCGCGGUUCUUACAAAAUAAAGUCUCGCAACUUAUGACAGAAAUAGCUGUGCUGGAGGAGAAGCUAACAGCUGAACGACUCGCGAGGGCACGGGCUGAGAAAGAAGUAGAACAUCUUCGCACUUGUAUUGAAGAGAGAGAUGAAAAAGCAUUCAAGGAUGCAACUCCACCACAAGAAGACGUGAUGUCACUCUCAGAGAGUGAACAAGACGAAUCGGAUGAAGAAACUACCGAUCCAUUUAACGAAAGCCUUGAACCUGUAUUCAAGAAAGAACUAAACAGAUCCAUAUCUAUUGUUUUACAAAAUGAGAAACGGGACAAUGGAAGCAUUCAUACUAUAGAUAAUAUUGAUGAGGAAUGUGAUAGUGAUCUCGAAGAAUCACGCGAAACAUUACAAAAUGAUGAUUCCAAAGCCUCUUCCUAUGCUACAGGGGAAGAUGAAGACUCUAAAAAAGGUACAACUAGUGAUAAUCUAGAUAAAAGUAAAGCAACUGAAUCGAUAACAUAUCAUAAUGAUAAUGAUAAAAAUGUUAAUGUUGAAGAAGUUAUAACAAGCAAUAAGAGUGAAUAUGUUAAUGAUAGUCUAAAAAAUGAUACAAAUAUGACAUAUGGUAGUGAAACUACUUUUGACAAGGAAAACGAAAGUCUGACUGAUACAAAAAUGGAAGAUGAUGAAAUACAAUUUAAAAAUGAAAGUAUUAAAGCAGAUUUAAGAGGGACUUACUUUGUUGAUGAUAGUAAAAUUACUGAGAAAGCAAAUGAAAAUAAACUCAAUUCGUUUAGAGGAACUUAUUUCGUGGCAGAUCCAGUUACAGAUGUGUCAAAGAUAAGUGAAACUAAACAAAAUGAUCUAACUGAAAGUAAUAAAAAUGCCCCUUCUGAACUUAGCACUGAAGUGUUUAAAUUACCUAUUGUUAAACAACAAUCAAAUGCAGAUAUAAGAGUUUCAGAAAACGUAAUAGAAAGCACUGCUUUCGAUAUAAAUACUAAGGAAAAAAUUGAUGUAAAACCAGAAGAAGUAGUACCAGAAGUUCCAGUUAGUAAAAUACUAAGAGGAAAGUCUCAAAUUGAUAUAAAAGCUCCUGAAAAAACAGAACCAGUUAGUAGUCUUGCAAGAGCAAAAACUAACAUUAAUAUGAAAGCUACAGAAAAAGUCUCAGACACCUUAGUUGGAAAAAUCAUCCGAUCUUUCAAAUCCCAUCAGGGAAGUGAUGCUUCACUUAGACAAUUUGAACAGCUAGAGAAAGCUUCAAAGGAGUGCGAUGAUAAUGAUGAGUCCAAACAAAACUAUUACAUAUUUGGUGAUAUUAAAAUCCUUAAAGAAAAACGAACAUAUUUCGACAACGUAUCAGAAAAGGGUAAUGUUAAUGCAAAUAAAGAUAAAAAGCCAGAAGAACCCGCUAUUGUAAAAGAGAAACGCACUUACUUCGACAAUAUUAGUGCCAACGUUAAUGUUUCUAAUAAGAAAAUAAACAAUUUGAUCAAAUGUGAUGACGACAGGUCGCCAUCGAUCGUCAAAGAUGCAGCUGCAGCUGAUUUCGAACCUAGCACUAUCAAGAAAUUACUCGGCGAGAGUUUCACGAAGUCUGACGUGAUUUCGUCUGUACAUAAAACUAGGUUGACGAAGAAACACAACUCCGUUGACAUAUUCGACGGAUUUGAUUCACCGAUUACAGAAAAGCCAAAAGAAUGCCAGCCAGAUGAUAAUGUUGAAAUUGCUAGGAAAUCUAUCGAGAAACUUGUUCUAAAUCAGUUAUCUGCAAAGAAGGGAACGAAAACUGACGUGGAGCCUAGAUUAUCUAUCAGAGAAGUAAUUGAACCUGAUGACAAAGAAGUACAAAUUAAUAUAAAGAAAGAAAUUAAGUUAGAACCAAUGUCAUCAGUUGAAGAAUCUACUGAAAUUAGCAAAUGUAAAGUAGAUAUUACGAGGGAGGCUAAGUUAGAGCCGGCAAUAUCCUCCGAUGAACCUAAUCAAACAAUCAACGAUAAAUCAUCUAAAGGAGAUAAUACAAUUGAAGAAGGUAAACCAGAUAAUACCAUUGAAGAAUUUGAAAACAUUUACAAAGAUAUAACAGCUCCCAGAGCUACAGAAUUCGAGUUACUAGUAUCAGAAGUAAAUAACGAAAAUAAUGAUAGACACGAGAAAGACGAAGCUAAGUACAAUUUACGAAAGAAACAUUCCAAAACUGAUGACACUAAGGUUGAGAAGGGCAAAGAAGAAGAGAUAUUGGCAGAGAGUCAAGCUAAAUGCGAUAAACGUAAAAGAAAUCUCAGAUUACGGAGACGGAAGAAUCAGGAUGACGAAUCUGAUGAUAAGUUGAAAGAUAUAGUGAACUUACAGAGCGAAUUCUCAGACGUUACUCUGGACGUGCCUGCUCCCAAAAAAGAUGUUAAAGAUAUACCGUCACCAGAAAAGGGGUCGGAAGAAAAUCUACCGCCCCUACUAGGAAUACAGAGUUGUCCGUCUAAAAGCGUCACUCGGAGUCGUCGCAAACUGUUCACUCCUCGCGCGGAACCUCUAGAAGAGUCCCUCAGUCAGACUGGAGACAGUAACGAACGUAUUUAUGUACCACGACCUUCCUACCACCGUCCACGAGCCCGCCGUAAACUGUGACUUGA